CUGCAAUGGGUACUUUUCCUCUUUUUUAACCUCUCCUUUUGCUGCUCUCUCUCUCCAUCCCUUUUGUCUCGCUCUCUCUUUCUGGCACUGUAUCUUUCUCUCUUGCCAUCUAUUUAUAUCUCUUUGAAGCGCCUCCCUACCCCCCCACCCACACCUAAUCUCCACUGCAACAAACAAACACCAUAACCAUAACAGUCAUGUCUCCAGCAGCCUCAUCAAGGUGGUGUCCAACCCCAGAGCAGCUCAUGAUCUUGGAGGAAAUGUAUAGGGGAGGAGUGAGAACUCCCAAUGCUUCUCAGAUUCAACAGAUCACUGCCCACCUCUCUUUCUAUGGCAAGAUUGAAGGCAAGAACGUCUUCUACUGGUUUCAGAAUCACAAAGCAAGAGACAGACAGAAGCUCCGCAGGAAACUUAGCAAGCAGCUGCAGCAACAACAACAGUUUCACCAACACCAUCACCAGCCGCUGCAGCAACAAAAUCAACGCAAUCAACCCCUCCUUCAUUACCUUGACCCUCCUGUCUAUUCUGCUUUCCAUCAACUUUUCAAUUAUAACACAAGCCCCUUUCUUCCUCAGGGAGGAGUAGUUGAAGAUCAAGCACCAGUGAUAAACUACACAUGGAAGAUGGACAUCCCUGGAGUGGAGACAAGCGAGAUGGAGAAGUCGAUGAUGAGAAUGUACAGCCAUGAGUGGAUGAUGAUGGCGGACAUGCCCCCAACUCCCAGUACUCCUUGCUGCAACAGUAACAGACCCCUGAAAACUCUACAACUCUUCCCAAUCACAGCAACUCCCAAUGUCAAAGAAGACUCCACGACCACCUCCUAAAACGCCAUAAUAAUAUCUGUCUCACUCUACUUCUCUAGGCACCUACUACUUCUUCAGUAUCUCUGCAGUGACAUAUGUUUAUCAUCUUGGUUUCUGUAAUCUAAUGAGCAGUUAGUAUUCAACCCACUGGUCUUGUACUACUGCUACCUAUUGUACUCUUUAUUUUUCUAAACUCAUAUAUAGCAUCUGCAAUAUUUGGCUUGAGAGAAGUA